AUGACUGUUAUGCGAAGAGUCAGGCCAGAUGGAGACAACUGUGUCUUUGUUUCUCUAGAUGAGUUCCACAGGAUUUCUCACAUAACAGUAGCCAAGGAAGCCUGGGAGAUAUUGGAGACCACCUAUGAAGGAACAAAGAAAGUUAAGGACACAAAGCUUCAGAUGUUUACCACCAAAUUCGAAGAGCUUAAGAUGGGAGAUGAUGAGUCCUUUGAUUCAUUCUAUGGAAAGCUCAACGAAAUUGUGAUAGCGAAGCUUAAUCUUGGUGAGAAGAUUGACAAUGCUAAGGUGGUGAGAAAAAUUUUGAGGUCCCUACCAAAAAGCUUCCAAGCGAAAGUCACAGCUAUAGAGGAGAGUAAAGAUUUGGAUGAAAUUAAGAUCCAAGAGCUCAUUGGGUCUCUUCAAACGUAUGAGCUUGGACUGCCUUCUCAUAAGACAAGUAAAUCUCUUGCUCUUAAAACCAUCAUUAAAAGAAUGAAUGAUUCCUCCGAAGAAGAUGGAGUGGAAAAGGAUGUAGUAUUUCUAGCAAAGAACUUUCGGAAAUUUUUGAAGAUGAAGAACAAUGGGAAACCGUUUAGCGGAGGGAAGUUCUCAUCCUCUAAAGGUGAUAGGAAGGAGUUCAAGAAGAAAGAAGGAAAGGAUUCCCAAUCUCCUCAAGGCAUUGUGUGUUAUAAAUGCAAUGGCCAUGGACAUCUAAAGAAGGAGUGUCCCAACUAUCUAAGAGGAAAGGGCAAGGCGUAUGCCACAACACAUAGUGAUUCGGAUUCUUCAAAUUUUGAUUCUGAAGAAAGUUGUGAUGGAGAAGGGAACUACUCCGCGUUUAUGACUAUUACCCAUAAUGAGUUUUCGGAGGAGUUGAACUUGCUAGUACAAGAGCUUGGGGAUCAUAGUGAUAAAGAAUCAAUGGGAGUUGUCAAAGAAUCUGAUGCUGAAGAAGAUGAAAACGCAGCCAGCCUUCAAGAGAACUACAACUCACUCCUUGAGAAGUCAGGAGAGUAUACAAGGAUAGCCAAGGCAGCCGUAAAGAAGAUGAAAAAGGCAGAUGAGGAUUAUAAAAGCCUGCUAGCGCGGUAUAAGGAGGCCAAGUGUGAGAUAGAAACGAUGAAUGGUGAGCUAACUGAAGCUUAUUCAAAAAUCAAAUUUCUUGAGCUAGAGGUAGUGCAAGCAAAUGCCAAGAUAGAGAGGGUAUCCACGAAGAAGCUAGAUGAUGUUAUUUCAUCUCAAAAACAUUUCUCAGACAAGUCCAGGUUGGGAUAUAUCGGAGGGAGUAGCUCAUUGGCCAAUGUCACCAAAGAAGUGAAGUUUGUGAAGGCCAGAGAGCCGGUUGUAGUUGCCUCUACUCCUAAGAAAGUAAAGGAUGAAAUAAAGAAGAAUGUGGCUGACCAACAGGUGCUGAACAAGUCUCGCAACCAAUCAGUGGUUCGAACUGAAGCCAAAGGAAGAUUACCUCCAAAAUCACAAAGAAGUUUGAGAACGAACCAUGUAUGCCAUUAUUGUGGACUUCAAGGGCACACCAAACCUAAUUGUCAUAAGCUGAGAGCAUUGAACAACCUACGGAUCAAAGGUCAAGAGGACUAA